ACGUGACAUAAACAAAACAACAAGAAGUGAACAGCUGUUAUCGCUUACCGCUAAAGAACAAUAAUUAAUUCUUAUUAGUUGCUAAGCAGAAUAAUAGUUAAACAUUGCUUAAUAGUAACUAUCAGAGGCAGUGAUAUAGUUUUAGUUAAAUACCUACUUUAUCUUAAACAGACGUGUCGCAGAAUGGAGUAUACUAACAAGAAUUUCCCUCCAUUGAAGAACGAUAGGUUAUUAAAAGCGGCAUGUGGCAAGGAAGUGGAUAAAGUGCCGGUUUGGGUGAUGCGGCAAGCUGGACGUUACUUGCCAGAGUUCCAGGCAGUUCGAGCGCAACAUGAUUUCUUCACUGUGUGCCGGACGCCCGAACUAGCUUGUGAAGUGACUCUGCAGCCAUUGAGACGCUAUGAACAUUUGGAUGCAUCCAUCAUAUUCAGUGAUAUUCUCGUCAUACCACAAGCACUAGGAAUGACUGUAGAGAUGCAUCCAGGAAAGGGUCCUGUUUUUCCUGAACCUCUGCAAAAUGUAUCUGAAAUAGAUAACCUUAAGGAGGAAGGUGCAGUAUCAAGAUUGAAGUAUGUAGGUGAUGCCAUUACCCUGACCAGACAUAAAAUUGAAGGAAAAGUGCCUUUAAUAGGUUUUACAGGAGCACCAUUUACCUUAAUGGGGUAUAUGAUAGAAGGUGGAGGCAGCAAGACUAUGUCUAAAACUAAAGAUUGGCUUGAGAAGUACCCAAAAGACGUUCACAGGCUCCUCAGUCUAUUGGCCAGAGUAAUCAUUGAUUAUUUAGUGAUGCAGGUUGACAGUGGAGCUCAGUUAUUGCAAGUGUUUGAAUCAAGUGCAGAUCACCUCACAAGAGAACAGUUCAUAGAAUUUUCUGUGCCAUAUUUGAAAGACAUAAGGAAAGGUGUACAAGCAAAACUUCAGGAAAGACACUUGGAUCAAGUGCCUAUGACAAUUUUUGCAAAGGGAGGUGGCCAUUCCCUAGACGUACAAGCGCAGAUGGGUUACGAAACCAUUGGACUAGACUGGACAGUAGAUCCGGUUGAAGCCAGAAAAAUUGUUGGAAAUAAUAUUACAUUACAGGGCAAUCUUGACCCACAAGACCUAUACAAGCCUCCAGAAGAAGUUAAGAAGUUAACUAUUGAAAUGGUCCAAAAGUUUGGUAAACAUCGCUACAUUGCAAAUUUAGGACAUGGAAUAACACCACAAACUCCACUAGAAAGUAUGACUGUAUUUACCGAAUCGGUGCAUGAAGCUAUAUGAAUUGGUGUAUGGCACAUUUUUGUUUUGUUAUGUAUUGUUAAAGGUUAUGGAAAUAAUACUGUUUUUUUUAAUGUUUAACAUUUUUAUUUGACUAUUAUCUUAAAAUUAUGUGGUUUAAAUGAAAUAUAUGGCUACAUUGUAUAAGU